UUUUGACUCCCUCAACAAUGUCGGAACUAAGGUUGGAUGGCAAAAUUGUAAUCAUAACAGGCGGAGCCAGCGGGAUAGGAGCCGAAUCAGCUAGGCUAUUCACUGACCACGGAGCUAAAGUGGUCAUAGUCGAUAUACAAGAGGAGCUAGGUCAAAACGUCGCCGUUUCAAUCGGGAAAGACAGAGCCAGUUUCUACCGUUGCGAUGUAACGGAAGAGAAGGAAGUGGAGAACGCCGUUAAGUUCACGGUCGAAAAGCACGGAAAACUUGACGUCCUGUUCAGCAACGCCGGCAUCUUGGAUCCCCGGGGAAGCAUCCUAGACUUGGAUCUUGAGCGGCUUGACCGCAUAAUGGCGGUUAACGUUCGUGGCGCGGCUGCGUUCAUCAAACACGUGGCACGUGUGAUGGUGGAGAAAGGAACACGUGGGUCUAUCGUGUGUACGACGAGUGUGUCGUCGGAGAUAGGUGGUGGGAGACGUCACGGAUACACGGCGUCUAAACACGGACUUCUCGGGCUGAUCAGAACGGCGUGUGGAGAGCUGGGGAAGUAUGGGAUUAGAGUCAACGGUGUCGCACCAUACGCGCUGGCAACGCCGUUGACUAGCCAUGACGAGGAAACGGCGAGGAAGGUGGAGGAAGAGUUUGCGGCCAAGGGGGUUCUCAAGGGUGUGGUGCUUAACGCUCGUGACGUGGCACAAGUGGCUCUGUUUUUGGCUUCUGAUGAGUCGGUUUAUAUCAGUGGUCAGAAUUUGGCGGUGGAUGGAGGUUACAGUACUUGUCGUUAAGGGGAAAAUAAUCUAAAAUGCCUGUGUGGCUAACAUUUUAAUAUCGUCUUUUACAUUUCGUUGGAACACAAAGCUGUUUCUAUUUUUCCAUAUCCUCCUAUGGAUCCAUACUGGAAGUUCUUGUAAGUGAACAAAUCUUGCAGACGAGCAACUAACCAGACAUGCUUCUAUCUUUUCUUCUAAAGCAGCAUUGGAUUCCAUAAUGGUCCCAUUUGGCAAUCCUGAUGUUCGCCAAAUUUGUUUAGCAUAGUCACACUUCAAAAAACUAGUGAUUCUGAUUCGUCAUAUUGACAACAUCUUCUACUUUGAGCAUCUUAAAUUACAUGCCUUCGUUUCAGGUUACUUCCAGAAGCAAG